UACGCCCCUGUCAUACGUCACUACGACGCUCCCCUCACCGGGACAGACAUGGCGGCGUACAUGAUCACUUCAACCCUGCAAAGAGUUGUGCUUGUUGCUAAGCAUGCCUCUUUCCAGUCCAGAUGCUGUGUGGUGUCCAGUCGAGUACGGUACUCCACUGUUUAUGAUUCCAAUGAGAAGACCUUUGAUAAGAUCCUUAUUGCAAACAGAGGAGAGAUCGCCUGCAGGGUGAUGAAAACAUGUAAGAAGAUGGGAAUCAAAACAGUGGCGGUGCACAGUGAUGUCGAUGCCAGCGCGGUCCAUGUGAAGAUGGCUGACGAGGCAGUGUGUGUAGGCCCCGCCCCCACCAACAAGAGCUACCUCAACAUGGACGCCAUCAUGGGCGCCAUCAGGAAGACUGGAUCCCAGGCCGUGCAUCCAGGCUACGGCUUUCUGUCUGAAAAUAAAGAGUUUGCCAAGAGACUGGCUGCAGAAGAUGUGGUGUUCAUAGGACCGGACACCCACGCCAUCCAUGCCAUGGGCGACAAGAUCGAGAGCAAGCUCCUUGCCAAGGCAGCCAAUGUCAACGUCAUCCCCGGGUUUGACGGGGUCGUCGAGAACGUGGAGGAAGCUGUGAAGAUUGCAGGAGAGAUCGGCUACCCGGUGAUGAUCAAGGCCUCAGCAGGAGGAGGGGGGAAAGGUAUGAGGAUCGCCUGGAACGAUGAUGAGACCAGGGAAGGUUUUCGUUUGUCCUCACAGGAGGCUGCAUCUAGUUUCGGAGACGACCGUCUGCUGAUUGAGAAGUUUGUAGACAACCCCAGACACAUUGAGAUCCAGGUCCUGGCUGAUAAGCAUGGUAAUGCUCUGUGGCUGAACGAGAGGGAGUGUUCUAUCCAGAGGAGGAACCAGAAGGUGGUGGAGGAGGCUCCAAGUACGUUUCUGGACCCAGACACACGUCGUGCGAUGGGGGAGCAGGCAGUACAGCUGGCUAAAGCAGUCCAGUACUCCUCUGCCGGGACCGUAGAGUUCUUGGUGGAUUCCAACAAGAACUUCUACUUCCUGGAGAUGAACACUCGCCUUCAGGUGGAGCACCCAAUCACAGAGUGUAUCACUGGUCUGGACCUGGUGCAGCAGAUGAUCCGGGUGGCCAAGGGUUUCCCUCUGCUACACAAACAGGAAGACAUCCCCAUCAACGGCUGGGCUAUAGAGAGCAGAGUCUACGCUGAGGACCCCUACAAGUCCUUUGGUCUGCCCUCCAUUGGACGCCUGUCACAGUACCAGGAACCCAUCAACCUCCCAAAAGUGCGUGUGGACAGUGGCAUCCAAGAAGGAAGUGACAUCAGUAUCUACUAUGACCCAAUGAUCUCCAAGCUGGUGACCUAUGGCGCCACGCGCGCUGAAGCCCUGCAGAGGAUGGAGGACGCUCUGGAUAACUAUGUCAUCAGAGGUGUGACCCACAACAUCCCCCUGCUCAGGGAGAUCAUCACCCACCCUCGCUUCAUCUCUGGUGACAUCACCACUAACUUCCUGCCAGAGGAAUACCCAGAGGGGUUCAAAGGUCACCAGCUGACCUCCGAGGGUCGCAGGGAGCUCGUCGCCACCGCAGCCGCUCUCUACGUCUCGGCACAGCUCCGCUCCCAGAGGUUCCUGGGUAAUCUCAGGGUGUCCACCACCCCCCAGGAGAGGAGGCAGUGGGAGCUGUGUGUGGAGUUGGAGAAGGGAAGCCACGCGGUCGCUGUGUCACGCUCUGGAUCCACGUUCACUGUGGAGGUGGAUGGAGUUAAGGUGGAGGUUAGUGGAGAGUGGAACCUGGCCUCAGCCCUGCUGCCUGUCACCAUCAACAGAACCCCCAGGGUUCUACAGUGUCUGUCUAGAGAUGCAGGAGGAGACAUCACUCUACAGUACCUGGGCACACAGUUUAAGGUCCGUGUUCUCAGUCAGCUGGUAUCCACGCUGAGCGCUCACAUGCCUGAGAAGGUUCCAGAAGACACCAGCAGCAUCCUGCGUUCUCCUAUGCCUGGCUCCGUGGUCGCCGUGUCUGUCAAACCUGGAGACGUGGUGGCUGAAGGCCAGGAGAUCUGUGUGAUUGAGGCCAUGAAGAUGCAGAACAGCUUGAUUGCUGCUAAAGCUGCCAAGGUGAAGAGUGUCCACUGUAAAGCAGGAGAGACGGUUGGAGAGGGAGACCUUCUGGUCCAACUAGAGUAGGAUCUAACCUACGACCUCUAACCUCUGCCCUCUGCCCUCCCACCUCUGACCUCGCUCGCCAGGGAUUGGCUUCCAAGUCAGGUUGAAGGAAUUCUGGGACAAAGGAAUGAACAGGAUACUAGUAGACUAGAUGGACGGUUCCCCAGUCUGUCCUUGUUGUUUUGUUCUGGUGUUUUGGUCUUCCUGUGGUACUAGUAGGCUACUCUCUCCAGUAUUGGCUUCUGGGAUUCACUCGUUCUAGGAAUUUUCCACACAAAAACUAAAAAACAAGAUGGACGCUGUGGACCUGUUUUAGUGCCUUCAGCCUCUGAAAGGAGGAUUGUCCUGUUAAAUAUGAUGAAUACUGUAUAUAUCACUUAGCAACAUGCCACUAAUCAUGUGUAAUGUACUUCCUCACUAGCCUGGUCUCAGAUCUGUUUGUGCCAUCUUGCCAGGACAUCUGGGACCAGGCUAGCGCCUCACAUUUCACUGUAAUGAAACACUUGUGUAUCAGAGUGUAGAAACCUGGUUAUAAGUAUAACACUACUCCCUUGGCUGGAGUUGUGUUUGCCUUUUUAAAGGAUAUCUCUCAACCCCAAUUUCAGCCUUUGUCCAACCCCUUGACAUUGUAAAGAAAAACAUGCAUUCAGGUGAGAAGUGGAUGGGGGGACUUGCUCAUAAAUAUUCAUUUUGGGGGUGGGUAAAUGUAGUUGUACCUCAUCCCAACACUCUCUCACUGAAGUAUACUUACCAGAAGUCCACUGGCACGCUCUGAUAAUAAAAUGAUGUGCAUCGCGAGCAAAUACGGCUCUGGAAAGUUAGCUCACAGUUGUUAUGUGCUGACUUCCUGACAUCUAUUGCCACUUGCAGUGUAAGUUAGAAUCCCUUAUGGGGGGGGAAUAUUUGAAACGUGGACUCAUAUUUACUGCGGUAUUGUGUUGGGAGGAAAGAGAAAUCAUCACCUUGUAAAUGAAGGGGCUCAACUCAAUCCAAACCUCAUUGCAGUAUUUACGCAGUAUCUCUUUUUCCAAUGGUCAAAUGAACUCACAGACUGGUCUUGGGUACUGUAUGAAAACCUACAACUACUACCAGGGCGACCCCUCUCACAGCUAUGCUUUCACUUUUCAGAAUUAGAAGUGUGUGUGUGGUCACGUGAUGAAUAUAGGAAAUAAAGGAUUUGAAGAAUAAA